AGCGGCCGACACGGAGGGAUUUUCUCUGUCUUUGCCUGUCUACUUGUGUCUGUGAGCUUGGUGUUUCCGCUUUAGUGAAGAUUUGGGCAUAUGAUAGGGUUGCGGAUGAUGGAAACCUCAAAAAUGCAAUAUUUCAUAGGUUUAAGUUGUGUGACACACUUGCUGUUUAUGACGGUGAAUGGCUUUUACACAUCCAGUGAUGACGUUAUUGAACUCAGUCCCUCAAACUUCAAUAGAGAAGUAAUACAGAGUGACAACUUAUGGUUGAUAGAAUUUUAUGCUCCUUGGUGUGGUCACUGUCAAAGACUUACGCCGGACUGGAAAAAGGCAGCUACAGCUUUAAAAGGUGUUGUAAAAGUUGGUGCAGUGAAUGCAGAUGAACACAAAAGUUUGGGUGCUCAGUAUGGUAUUAAAGGCUUUCCAACCAUUAAAGUCUUUGGUCUUAACAAAAACAGUCCUGAAGAUUAUCAAGGUGCUAGGACAAGCCAAGCAAUUGUUGAUUCAGCUCUCAAUUCCCUGAGGUCUAUGGUCAAGAGUAGACUUGAUGGGAAAAGCAGUGGUUCAGAUCAUGGCAGACAGCAGAGCAGUGGAAGUAAAAAGGACGUUGUUGAGCUCACAGAUGAUAACUUUGACAAAAAUGUGUUGGACAGUGAUGCUAUCUGGAUGGUGGAAUUCUUUGCACCUUGGUGUGGCCAUUGUAAAAACCUUGAGCCUGAGUGGGCAGCUGCUGCAUCUGAUGUAAAAGAACAAACAAAAGGCAAAGUGAAGUUGGCUGCCGUAGAUGCUACUGUCCAUCAAGAGUUGGCUAGCAGAUAUGGGAUCCGAGGAUUUCCUACAAUUAAAAUCUUUCGUAAAGGUGAAGAACCAGAAGAUUAUAAUGGUGGAAGGACCCGGUCUGACAUUGUGGCUUCUGCUCUUGAUCUCUUCUCUGAGAAUGCACCACCACCAGAACUGCUAGAGAUCCUCAAUGAAGAUGUUUUACAAAAGGCUUGUGAAGAGUAUCAGCUUUGCAUCAUUUCUGUUUUGCCACACAUUCUCGAUACAGGAGCUGUUGGUAGAAAUACAUAUUUGGAUGUCAUUAGGCGAAUGGCUGAUAAAUACAAGAAAAAGAUGUGGGGGUGGGUUUGGACAGAAGCUGGUGCUCAGAUGGAUCUUGAGUCCUCAUUAGGCAUUGGAGGGUUUGGGUAUCCUGCCAUGGCUGCUAUCAACAGCAGAAAAAUGAAAUUUGCUCUCCUAAAGGGAUCUUUCAGUGAGCAGGGGAUUCAUGAAUUUCUCAGGGAUCUUUCAAUGGGCCGUGGGUCUACAGCUACAGUCGGAGGUGGAGCACUUCCAAAGAUUAAUAGAGUUGAACAAUGGGAUGGCAAAGAUGGAGAGCUCCCUAUAGAAGAGGACAUUGACUUGAGUGAUGUAGAUCUAGAUGACAUUAAAGAUGAAUUAUGAGAGGAUUACUACAGUUUUCGUUCAGUGAAGGUGUAAAAAGAAACACUCUGUACAAAAACUUUUUUUUUUUUUUUUUUUUAAUGACUUGGCAAAACUGCUGCUUCACAGGAGUUGCAAGUCCAGAACCAGUGGCAGCUUUUAAAAGAAGUGGACUUGAGCGUAUGCUGCUUCCUCAUAGAAAGUGUUUCAUUGGCUGGCGUCCAUGGCGGAUCUGAUGCUGAAUGGAGUAAAUUUUAAAGCUGCACUAUCUGGAGUGAUACUUUUCAUGGAAUUUCUCUGAAUGUGUUUCCCUUUGCAAAUUUGGCCUUUUGUUGUGAUUGUCAAGAAUUUUUGGUAAGAAGAACAUAAUGUAAAAUUUAUCACUGUUCUGUCUAGCAGUGGGUAUAUAAUUCAUAUUUUUAUAAAAGAAAGUUGAAUUCAACCUUAAA